GUGGCAGUGGCGGGAGGGUCGGAGCCAUGGCAGCCAAGGGGGCAGGUGGGGGGCGCUGGGAGGUGGUGAAGAAGGGGCGGCGGCCCGGGGCCGGCGGCAGCGGUAGAAGCGGCGGAGGGGACCGCCGGGCUCUCGGGGAGGCGAACGGUGUGUGGAAAUACGACCUGACCCCUCCAAUCCAGACGACAAGCACCCUCUAUGAGCGGGGCUUUGAAAGAAUCCUCAAGCGACAGAAUAAGGAGCAAGUUCCACCUCCUGCUGCAGAGCCCAAGAAACCAGCAAACAAGAAGCAGACUAAGAAGGUGGCGACCCUCACCAACCAAAACCAGAAGCAGGGUCGCUUCCGCAGCCUGGAAGAGGCGCUGAAAGCUCUGGAUGUGGCAGCUCUGCAGAAGGAACUGGACAAGAGCCAGAGCGUGUUCUCUGGGAACCCCUCCGUGUGGCUGAAGGACCUGGCCAGCUAUCUCAACUACAAGCUGCAGGCGCCUCUAAGUGAGCCCACACUAAGCCAGCAUACACAUGAUUAUCCCUACAGCCUGGUAAGCCGGGAGCUUCGUGGGAUCAUCCGAGGGCUGCUGGCCAAGGCAGCGGGGUCUCUGGAGCUCUUUUUUGACCACUGUCUGUUCACUAUGCUGCAAGAGCUGGAUAAGACACCAGGGGAGUCACUACAUGGAUACCGCAUCUGUAUCCAGGCCGUUCUGCAAGACAAGCCCAAGAUUGCCACCAUGAACCUGGGCAAGUUCCUGGAACUGCUGAGGUCUCACCAGAGCCGACCAGCAAAGUGUCUGACAAUCAUGUGGGCCCUGGGUCAAGCAGGUUUUACCAACCUCACUGAAGGACUGAAAGUGUGGCUGGGGAUCAUGCUGCCUGUACUGGGCAUCAAGUCUCUUUCUCCCUUUGCCAUCGCGUACCUGGAUCGGCUGCUCCUGAUGCACCCCAACCUCACCAAGGGCUUUGGCAUGAUUGGCCCCAAGGACUUCUUCCCACUUCUGGACUUUGCCUACAUGCCCAACAACUCCCUGACACCCAGCCUGCAGGAGCAGCUGUGUCAGCUCUACCCUCGACUGAAGGUGCUGGCAUUUGGGGCGAAGCCGGAAUCCACCCUGCAUACGUAUUUCCCCUCCUUCCUGUCCAGAGCCACCCCUAGCUGCCCUCCUGAGAUGAAGAAAGAGCUCCUGAGCAGCCUGACCGAGUGUCUGACGGUGGACCCCCUCAGCGCCAGUGUCUGGAGGCAGUUGUACCCCAAGCACUUGUCACAGUCCAGCCUGCUGCUGGAACACCUGCUCAGGUCCUGGGAGCAGAUUCCCAAGAAGACACAGAAGUCUUUGCAGGAAACCAUCCAAUCCUUCAAGCUUACCAACCAGGAGCUGCUGAGGAAGAGCAGCUGCAACAGUCAGGAUGCUGCCACCUGCGACACAGCCUGCAAGGGCCUUUUGCAGCAGGCACAGGGCUACCGGCUGCCCUGGACACGGAUACUCCUAUUGGUGCUGAUCUUUGCCAUAGGUUUCCUGUGCCAUGACUUCCAGUCACACAGCUCCUUCCAGGCCUCCCUUUCUGGCCGGUUGCUUCGAUCAUCUGGGUUCUUGCCUGCUGGCCAGCAAGUGUGUGCCAAGAUCUACUCCUACAGCCUGCAGGGCUACAGCUGGCUAGAGGAGACAUUGCCGGCCUGGGGCUCCCACCUACUGACCAUGCUGCGGCCCAGUUUGCAGCUGGCCUGGGCCCACACCAAUGCCACAAUAAGCUUCCUUUCUUCCCACUGUGCCUCCCACCUUGCCUGGUUUGGUGACAGCCUUGCUAGCCUCUCCCAGAGGCUACAGGUACCUGAUACGCUGAUCCAGCUGCUCCAGUCUCUGCAGGAGCUGCUCCUGCUUCUUUACCAGAAUGUGCUGCUGCCAUUGUGGCACAUACUGCUGGAAGCCCUGGCCCGGGCCCAGGAGCACUGCCAUGAGGCAUGCAGGGGUGAAGUGACCUGGGACUGCGUGAAGACACAGCUCAGUGAGGCUGCCCGCUGGGUCUGGCUCUGCCUACAGGACAUCACCGUGGCUUUCUUGGACUGGGCACUUGCCAUGAUAUCCCAGCAAUAGGCCCUGCCUCCCUGGCCACCAGGCCUGUCUUGGGGCAGGCCAUCUGAGACUGCUGGCAGGCAGAGGGCAGCCAUUCUGCAGAAGUCUUCUUGUACCUGGUGCCUAAGUUCUGCCUCCUAGGGAGUGACCGGUUACCUCUGCCCCAGUUCCUCCAUCUCCGAUGGGGACUGAGCCCAGAGAUACGUCAGCCUCCUCCUACCCCUGAUCCCACUGAACACUUGUUGGGCCCUGUUGCAUGUAGCUCCCAGCCUCUGUCCUCAGGCUGCUAACCUUCUGUAGGCCCCUCUCAUCUCCUGCUCUCUACUUCUUUCCAUCUCAUUCCCAAAGCCCCAGACAGCUCAUCUCCCAGAAGGUGGGGUUCUACUGAGUGACAGCUACGUUCUGAUGAAUGAUUCCUGCUCCCAGACUUUAGCCACAGUGGAACAAGGGAAGAGGCCUCCAGAAGAACAUAGCAUCAUAGUGGGCAACGGCAACUUCACCUCGGCCCUCAGCCUGCAUGGGCCUGUCAGAGGACUAGGCCAAAGGACCUCUCACCUCUGGACGCCCAAUAUCUGUCCUUUGAGGCCUCUCACUGCCCUCUGCGUCAUCAUCCUACUUCUUUACUCUCCCCUCUCCCCCUUCGGUGCCUGGGGACCUUCCCUCCUGGUUCAGCUUCUCCCCGCUGCCUGCCCCUACCACUUGUCUGGGGAGCAAAGCCCAAGUAGUUGUGUGCCUUGGGCCCAGUGGACCUUCCAGCAGCCUGUUGACACAGGAUUCAGCAUAUGGUUCCUUGGUACACCUACUGGGUGGAAUAAAGGACACAGAUUUGA